UUAUUUUUAGUUACCGUGGAUUCAGUUCUAGUUGUGGCACAGAUCACAUUUGCUGCAGGGCAAAUGCAGGAGGAGUUGCGCAUACAAUCCGGACUUGCUAUGUGUACAGCAGAUCAGCCAGCUCUCUGAAUUCCCCGGCGCUUUCAACCAGCACAUUUUAGGCUUCCUGGUUUGCUCCUUCCUGCAGACAAGCAAUAUCAAGUGACAUACGUGCUAUCUGAGUUUCUGGAACAGGAACUGACGCCUUCCCAGCUGAGACUGUUGGCUAUUUAAUUGAUGUGUGAACUGGAGAGAUUCACUGAAGUGCCUUUAAUAAAGGCAGUCCUGCCAGAGCUUUGAGGCCUGAAGUGUGAACCUCAGAGCUCCUGUCACAUGGUGGCCACGCUUGUCGGAGAGAGAGAAUCUCCCCAUAAGAUCAGCUGGAGAGGCAGCAGGACAUCUUCUUUGUACCUCGGGCCUGUGGAACACAAUAUUGAUUUACACUCGUGGGACUGACGAUUCUGCUGGAAUUCCCAGUGAACGUUUUCCUGGAUUUAAAAGAUCAGAUUCCACAGUGUUCUAUAGCCAGAAACUUUCUGCCGUGUGUAACAAACAUACAAGAAUCCAACGUUGAUGCUGUUGUGUGGCUGGUGAGACUAGGGAACUGAUACAGCUGAGAACUCACUCCGUAGGGGUAGGCAGACACAGUGGUACAAUGUCUGCGCCAGGUGCCAUCCCCGUCCCGUCUGCACCACCUUCUUAUGAGGAGACAACAGGAAUCAAUGUGAACUACCCUCACCCAUACCCAAUGCCAGGGCCUGAGCAGAAGCCCCCGUACAUGGGCCAGCCCGCACCAGCACAUAACCCCGUUACAGUUCAGACAGUGUACGUGCAGCAACCAGUCAUAUUCUAUGACCGCCCCGUUCAGAUGCGCUGCCCCUCCUGUAACCAGAUGAUAGUGACACGUCUCUCAUACGACUCAGGAGCUUUGACCUGGCUGUCGUGUGGUGGCCUUUUCCUGCUGGGGUGUGUAGCUGGCUGCUGCUUAAUUCCCUUCUGCAUUGAUGCUCUAAAGGAUGUGGAUCACACCUGUCCAAACUGCAGUGCUCUUCUUGGUUCUUACAAACGUUUAUAGGCAGUGUUCAAACAUUGAUUAUUGAUUGAUGAAGUUGGUUAGCACCUCUACAAGCCCUUUCUGAAGCUUCAAGGAGACUUGAGGUCGUUUCUGAGCAUCCUGUCACUGGAAAUCAGUAAAAUUGUAAUGUUUAUUGCUAGAUUGUUUGAAUAAGAAUUCACUUGAGAGGCUUCUGACUUAGGUCUGUAAAAAGUAAACAUGAUCUUUAUGGGCUGCUCAGUCCAGCCCCAGUUGAUAGCAACUGAAUGUUCUCCCUCUCUGCUUUAUGCAAAACCGGUCAGUGAUGUUCUUCAGUUAAUCUUUUCUCCAUCGUGUUGCAGGCUGCCCUGCUUGCCACAGCUCACAGACUGAGAGGGUGACAUCUCUGGAGACCUAUAGUGUCUCACGCUUGGUGUUGAUGCUUUUGCAACAGCACUUGCUUUUUGCUGAGACAGGUGCCUCUCUUUGGCAAAAGGCCUGAUUAGUUGGCAUCUUUUCAUGAGCACUAAAAUUCACUUUAAAACCUUCUUAAUUGAAAGACAGCCGAACCUAAAGGCUUCUUCCUUCUGGGAGGCUGCUUUACCAAAUGGACAACUCAGGUUAUUGUGCAUCUAUGGUGAUUGAAUCUAGUACGUGAAUUUCCUAGCUAUUUUCAAGUCUAAUCAUAUCUCUGUUCUGCAGUAAACAUGUUCCUACAGGAAUUUGUAACAGAUAAUUGUUUGGUGUUUUUUAUUUGGUUGGGAUUUUUUACUGCUGAUUGAUAAGUCUGUGAAGUGCUUCCUUCUCUCCACCCUGGUGAAAAUGCCCACAGAGCCUUGGUUAUAGCGUUGGAAAACUUCCUUGUACAUUUACACAAGUCAGCUGGUAGAUCAUAAACCUCGAUCUAAUCUUAAGGCUUGAGUUCUGCCUACAAAACACAGGUACAGGACCUUGGCUUUUAAUUGUUGAUCUGUUUGUUAAUUACUGUUUCUUCAUUAAGAAGAUAACAUGUUUAAGGAAUUUCUCUGAUGCUUAUUUAAUGUGUACUCUGAUUUUUAUAAAUGAAAGAGAAUUUCUGUUUUCAGAAACUUAAGCUGGAUAUGCUUAUUUACGACGAUGAUCACAAUAAAAUUAGGAAAUGGCGCUCUGCAGGCUGAAGUAUUUUACCAUGUCAUACGCAGUUAAAUGAUGAUACCUGUCUAGAAAAGGCUGACGGGUAUUUAAACAAGGAUGUGAUGCCAACACUGUAUUAAUAUCUGUAAAAGUAAAAAGCUAAAACAAAUACAAAUAAAAAAUGUUGCAUUUAC